GUCCUUUGGCCCCUUGAAGCCUUCUGGUGCCCGGCUAGAACGCAUGCGUACACGUUGUCUCGCCAAGAAUCAAAUAUGGCGGUCGAGUAAAAGAUGAUUUCAACAGAAUUUUAAUGAUGUCAACUGCAUUUGAGAAAAAGACAGAUGUGCAGGUUAUAAAAAGUUCUGGAAGAGAUAGAGGUGAAGAUGGCAGGACUAGGAGAGUUGCUCAUGGCUCACAUGACUUUGAGAAGGGAACAAGGAACACAAAAAGGAGUAGCUCAGAUUAUCAUCGAAAUUUUGAAGCCAAAUCUUUGACAAGAGACAGAGAAAAACAUGAAAGAAGAGUUGUUGAUAAGAGACCUCAAGACGGUGAUUCAAAGAAAGACAAAGUUGAUUCACGUGUUAAAAUUGUUCGGAGGCAAGAACGUGAUAGGCUGUUCGUAGUGACAGUGAAGAACGAUGUCAGCACACGAAAGGGGUCAGAUUCUGGUCAGGAGGAGAACAGUACCAGUUUGAAGAAAGAAAGUAACAAAAAGGCUGAAAAUGGAAGUGUUACCAAGCUUGCGAGACCUGAGAGUGACGAGGAAGCUUCUGAUGUUGACAGUGAUUACACGAUUGAAAUGAGGAGUCAAAAAGCAAGUGAUGAGGAUAGUGUUUAUUCUGUUGAAUUUACUAACGUUGGUGGAUCUGAAGAUGAGUGUAGUGAUGUAGAAAAGCAAAGAAAUGGUAGUGAAAGUGUGCAGAAAGAGGAUGAAAGCCCUGAGAGGUUUGAUUCAUCAGAAGAUGCUGAUUUUGAGAGAGUUGAUGUCGAUGAAGAGGAUGAUGGCGGGGAUAGUAAUGCCGAGGAUGGUGAAUUGGAAUCUGAUAUCAAAGUAGCAGACGAUGAUGAAAACAUGGAUGACCGAGAGAGUAAAGAGUGUAGUAACGAGAACAGCAGUGAUGGUCAGGAACUUAUUGAGACCGCAGAACUGCAUGAGAAUAUCACAAGGGUGUCUUCUGGUAGAAGGACAGUGACUGUACAGAGUAUUAGUGAUGGGUCGGCUGUCAUUGAAGAGAAUCCUGCGAAGAUAAGUAAACCUGCAAAAGGUAUGGAUUUGCUUGGAAAAACAAAGAAAACUAAGGAUGAGAUGGCCAGCAAAGAGCCAAAAACUGAGGUGACAAAGGAGGAUGUUGUCCGUGGAAGUGAAGUAAACCAGGAAAAGCAAAUUUCAAAUAGGAAAUUAGAAUCAACGGCUGAAAACACCGUAUCAAAAGCAGACAGCAAUGAACAUCAUGAAGAGGACCGUAGAAAGCGUAAGACGUCUGAUUUGGGGCAUGUGAAGACACCAAAGGAUUCUGGGAGAGCAGAAAGUAAACUUCAUCAUGCAGUCAGUGGAAAACCUAUGGAAGUCCUGCUUGAUGAUAAGAUUAAAAAACCAAGAGAAGGAAAGUCGAAGGGGGAUGAGUUAGUUAAGGGUAGGUCAGAGGAAGGGGAGACUGCUGGGAGUAAUCAAAAGGAAGGUCAUUCAAAGGACAACAAAGGCUUAUCAUCCACAUCAAAAAAAGCUGAGUUACGCGAUAGCAAAGUUGAAGUUAAUGUAAGAAAGGAGUCAGAAACAAAUAGAAGUGGGAAAAGUAUCAAAGAUUGCAAUGACGAAACAGAUAAAAAAGCUAUCCAGGCAAAGAAGAGUUCAGCAUUGAGUUCUUCCUCUGAAUCUAAAAGAGCUGUUGAUUCUGCUCGCAAAGAAAUUAGCGAUGAUGUUUUAAAAUCGAGUGAAAAACGGACUACUGAACGGACAGCAUCGAAAGCAGAAGUCAAGAAAGAUGGAACGAAAGAGGAACAAAAGAACGAAAAGGCGAAAACUAAAAGUCAGAAUGAGAAGGUAACCCCAAAAAGUUAUCGAACAAAGGAAACUGAACUAAAAAAGUCCAAGUUAAAGGAUGGUGAAAAAACUGCUUCAAAGGGGGGAAGAAAUAGGCGAAGUAGAAGUAAGAGUAGUUCUGAUGAAAGUUCGUGUAGUACUUGUUCUGGCAGUGGAUCAAGUAGUUCGGGUUCGUCAUCUGGCAGCUCUAGAUCCGAUUCAGAGUCUGGAAGAUCUUCUGGAUCUGAGUCAGAAUCAAGCUCUGGAUCUUCUCAAUCGGGUUCUUCAGAUUCAGAGAGUUCCAGCAGCGAAGAAGAUAACUUCAAACGGCGAAAGAGACGUGUCUCAGAGCGGAAGUCAUAUGAUAAUGACAACAGAGUGAAGGCCAAGGCUGGUAGUCCUAAGAAGGACAGGGGACGUGGCUAUGUGUCGCCAUUAAGAACUAGUAAAAAUGAUUGGGGCAGGCGGAGGGAAAGUGAUGACAGGUCAAAGCAAAAACAGAGAGAGCCCUUAGGGUCUAGGACAAAUGAUUCCCACAAGGAUUCAAGAGGAGGCUACAGAGAUAGAAGAAGAUAUCGCUCGCGGUCUAGGUCAAGGGACACAGGUCAGAGAGGUCGUGGGCAAUCAAGAGAAUCCGAACGAAAACAGCGCUAUGCAGAUAGCAGGGGUAGUGCUAGCCAUCGAGAUAGAACAUACAGGUAUGAUAGGUCGGGUACAGACAGGAAAAAGACUUUGUCACGGCAACGGGAAGAUGAGCGAAUGCGCCACUCUAGUAGAGAUCGUAAGAGAACCCCCGAGAGAAAGACGUAUGAUAGAGAGAAACCCAGAUCAGAGGUAGGGCAGAGAGGCAAAGGAGCUGAAACGAUAAAAGACAGAGGAGUUAACAAGAAAAUAGAGUCGGAUUCUAAAGAGAAAGAGGUCAAAGGUGGAAAAGAUGAGGUUCAAAAGGUCAAGGAGCAAAAGAGGUUACCCGAAAGUAGGAACGCAAAGUCACCAGAAAGGACUGAAAAUGAGCCUAAAGAUGUAACAAAAGUUGUCACGUCUGAGGGAAAAUCAGCUGUGGUGCAAGAUGAGUCGAGUAAGAGUUCACCCCAGAAGAAGGAAGAGAAACCAAAACCGCUAAUGGAGCAAAAACUAGCUAUCAAUAGCAUAGGAAAGUCGAAAGAAUUGUCGGAUAAAGUCAAAGACUCGACGGGAACUGAAUCAGGAAGUAAACAUGAUAGGUCAAAGAGCAAUGCCGAAAAAAUUUAUUCCAAGAAUUCAAAUACUGUUAAGAAAACUAGUGAUUCUGCUAAACAGGAAGAAAAUGAAAAAGCACCUCGGCCAUUGAUGGAAAUAACCCUUGAAAAUGUUAAAAAACCUGUUUCUGAACGACUAUCGCGGCGAGUUAGUGUAUCAGAGAAAUCGGCGACGAAUGAUGGCGGCAAACUGCUUGCAAAGGGCCAUCGACGAGUCACGCGUGUGAGUGAGCAGUCGACCGAAGCCAGUCAAAUACGAACUGUGGAAAAAAGCAGAGAGAACCAGGAAGCUAUUUCAGAACAAUUGUUGGGAGAUACUAAAACGUUUUUAAAAAGACUUUCUAGCGGUAAGAGUGUAAUGAUUGAAAGAAAGGAGAUUGAGCCACUAAUGAAAGCAGAUGAUAUUGAGUUUGGUGUUGUUGCGAAUUCAAGGAUUGUGCAAAGGAAAUUUGAUGAUCGCCAUCAUAGAAGCGUGAGGAGAGUAAUUUCAAACCCUGGCUCUGAUUUGUCUUCUGCAGUCGUGGAGGUUUCUGCUGGCGAUGCUGAUGACGCCCCGACACCUCCAAAGCGUAAAGUAUUCUCUCGCCUUGGGAAGUCAGUCAUCUCCAAAUCAAAAAACAUCGCCAUCAAUCUAAAACCGUUGCCAGCAAGGAGAACGCCAGAUAAAGAAGUUGUAACUGUCAAAAACGAAGAGGAAUUUGAACUUGACGCGAGAAUUAAGCAAAUUAGAGAAAAGAACGAGGAGAUUCUUAGAAGGCAAAGGGAAAUAGAGAAGGAUAUAUUGAUGAAUUCGUAGAAGAUGCCUACAUUGAACAGGGGUUCUAAUACGUCCAUUGGAUAGGGUUUGCCUCGCUAAUGGUUGAGGUCAAUUUACGACUCUCGAUGUAUUUGCUAUCCGUUUUCAAGUGCGUACGAAAAGGUACACUGAUUUUUCAAGAGCUAGAAAUUGCUCGUUUGCUGAGCACUGAGAAUCAUAACGUAAUUGAACAUCGCCAGACUGUAAUAACAUCGCCAGACUGGAUUUUGUUGUAGAGUUGUCGUCAGCUAGAAAUCCACGUCGAAAUAGAAACAUGGCUACCCUGACGACUUCAACUUAGAAGAACCCAUCUGAAAAAUGUAAACACUCUGGCGCCUCAGGAACAUCAUCACUAAGUUAAUCAGCUACAGAUUUUCCUUUCCGUAGAUUGAUUUUUGCUGGAAUUUUAUGAUUUGGACAAGAAUCGUCAUAAUAUUCCUGGGCCUAUCUUUACACAAACUUUUGUCAGCUUCUCGUGUAAUGCCAUUUCGUGUUUUAAACCUUUAAAAGGUUAGAUUUUUAGCCCUGUUUUGGUCGAAUACUUGCCGUAAGAUAAGAUAGAUAAGGCCAAUAGAAAGACUGGAAAGUAAAAGAAGGUUGGUUUGCAAUUUAACAUAUUAGCUGGCUCGAACUGAACCACUUCACCAAAGCUAUAAUUGUAAAAGUUGUUUAUAAAUCUUGCAUAUGGAUGUUGGAUAAUCUGAUAUUCUACUUUUCUUCAUUAUUUGAAGCAGUGGGCAUAUAAGCAAUUUUUAUAUUUGCUUUAUGACUUAUAAGUACCAGAAAAUCCUUUUCAAAAUUAACUCUUUUCAUAAGUGCCCUAAGACAGAAGAAAGGAAAUUGCUUUUUAACAAAAAAGAAGUUGGUGCAAGAAUUUUGGUACUGGGGAUACUUUUACAUG